CAAGUUUCUACCUUGCUACUACUACCCUAAGACAAUCUUCCCCUGUGCUGUUCAUCGGCCUUUCACCUUUAGCACCACACAAAAGCUCAAGUCCUCGCUUGUAGGGAUUCUUGCAACCUGCAGGCUCACUGACAGUCGCUGUGCGAUGUGAGAUCCUUUAUCAACCCGAGUUCCGGCCGGACGGCCUUGAUCGACUCCUUUCCUCUUAGCAUCUCGGAUGCGACAUCCUGAAAUGCUCCCAUAAUGUCGCAGACUCCAGCAGCUUCCACCACGGCUUCGACAUCAACCCAGUCUCAAGCAAACACGUCAAGCUCCUCUAGGACCCCGAAACGGCCACGUCGGCCCAAUUACAACUACAUACACCGAAACCUCUUACCGGUCGAAGUCCAUCCGCUUCCUGUACUUAUUCCUCACAAUCCGUUGUCAUUAGUAGCUAUCGCCCUCUCCUACCUUGCUCAAAUACUCUCUCCACCGGCCCGACCAACGUAUAAUGGCUACUUCUCGUCAGCAACGUCGUCAAUCCACGUUACGGAUCCGGAGACGAUCCGUAAACUGUGGGAGAUGGGGUUCUUCGGCAAAGGGAGUUUGAGCAGGAGUGAACCCACUUGGCUUGAAAAUCGCCAGAAAAAACGUGUCAGGGCUGAAGAGAACACAAACCUGCGGCGCCAAGAGCGGAGGCAGGCAAAGCAGGAACGAGCCCGCAAAGAACAGGAAGAAAUCGAACGGUUGCUGUCCGAGGAAGGUCAAUCCAUAGCAGGUGCCAGUGACACGCCGAACGGUGUCCUGUCUGAGAACAUUCUCAAAACCAAUGCACGAGAUUUCAGCGGUAUUGGAAGUGUCCUGGAGUCAGCCAGUGGCUCGGUUACUCCAGAAGUCGAAGAAGAUAAGGAGAACCAGUCGAUACCAGAGUUUGAUAAGUGGAAGCAGGCACUACAAGCAAAUGGACUGCCGACACCUCCUCCCACUUCAACUACUUCUGAAGCAAGCCAAACAGACGCGCGGCCGGUAAGACCACCGCAGCGUACCAAAAGCGUCAGAUUUUCCCCGACGAUUGAAGCUAGGGAAUUCGACCUUAGCUCUCCUGUGAUCUCGCCUAUCAAAAGCCCCGGGCCGUCGCCAGUUGAAGAUGUUCAUCCGCAAGAAACGCCGCUCCAGGAAGACCAGGAGCACUUGAAUUUGUCCCUCGAAGAGGCUUUCUUCCUCUCCUACGGCUUGGGAGUGCUUCAGAUUUAUUGCGACGACAGCGACGCCGUUCUACCUCCUUCUUCUCUGUUAUCUCUCUUCCGUCGCCAUUCAUACCAUCCUCCUCGGUCACUGUCGGCACCCGCCGAACCCGAUGACCCUUUCAUGCUGUCUUAUGUUGUGUAUCACCACUAUCGUUCGCUGGGUUGGGUUGUGCGUUCAGGUGUCAAGUUUUCCACCGACUAUCUGCUGUAUAAUCGAGGCCCGGCUUUCUCCCAUGCCGAGUUUGCUGUAGUGAUCAUCCCAUCCUACAGCCACCCCAGUUGGACUGAAACACCUGAGCUGAAAAAGGCCGUUGAGAAAAAAAGCAAGAAAACCUGGUGGUGGCUACAUGGGAUCAACCGUGUUCAGGCACAGGUACACAAACAACUGGUUCUGUGUUAUGUGGAUGUCCCGCCGCCCUCAAAAAACGGGGCAAAGCGCAAGGAUAUUGAUAUCGGCCAUCUGCUGUCGCAGUACAAGAUCCGCGAUGUUAAUGUGCGGCGCUGGACGCCUAACAGAAGUCGGGACUAAUCCUUGGUUAUUGUUGGGCUGUGUGGACAGGUCUUUAUCUCCUCAGCACAGGAAUCAUUAAUGUUGUUAUGAGCGAAAUGACUAGCAAGGAGUGCACUGGAAUGGGCGCGUGAUGAGUUACUUUUCAGAUUCAUGUUUUAACAUGAUCAUCUUUUCCACACUUGAACUAUCAAUUCAAUUUUUUGAGUAUUAUCCCUAGUAGAUUUGAGGCCGCAUUUAUGGGACAUGUGUCCAACAUAAAAUUUGAAGCCUGUCUCAGUGAAUAAAGGACAGGGACGAGGCUGAG